UAAUUCAAGACUGUCAGAUGAUGACUUUUUCACCAAACAAUUUUAAUGUGUAAACUGGUUGUAGUGCAGAAUUCCAAAAAGAAAAGGGGAUGAUGAAAUAUGCCAGUGAUUGUUGUACGACAAACAAGGUAUAGCUAUAAAAGUAGCACUUUGCUUUCAAGCUGUACUCUUUUCCCUUUUUAUUCUUGUAUUAUUCAUCAACCCAUGGCAGAGAACAUUAACAAGAUCAUAUCUGAGCAAACAUCCAUAAAGAAUACAGAAAUAUACAAGGAAGGGGUGAAAAUGUCAAUCCAAUCUCCUUUACCGUCAGCAGAUCAACAACAAAAAACACUGCAAACUGCCAUCAAAAGCUUUUUCUCGUCAUUAUCGUCUCUUUUUUGUUGCGGACAAUUUCAAGUCGACAGAACGGAAACUGAUGAGCGUGUAUCGGGAGUUCCUGCUAGUAGAGUAGCUGCUUCACAGGUUGACAACACAACCGAAACAUAUGAGACCCUCGGGUAUCUUCCGGAAGAUAGUACUUCUGAAAAUAGCUGUCAUACGAGUAUUCGCAAUGGCAAAGAAAUCAUACCGCUUCAACAAUUCCAGAGAUAUACUAUUACACCUGCUGAUAAACGAAAGUUCAGAUACAGGCGUCUACUUUAUCCUGCAAGAACGAUUUACGAGAUCGAAUGGGAAGAUAACCAGUGGUUACAGUUGGAUAAACGUACAAAUAUCUAUAUUGAACAAUUACGAGUAACUGGCUUCUCAAAGAUGGCUAUUCGGGAUGAUGCAUGCUUAAAAAAGUAUAUCUCAUACGAAAAUCCAUCUCAAAUGGAUAUUCUAUUAGAGUUGUCAAUCACAAAAGAAAAUAGAAAGCAGGGGUACAAACAGGAUAAAGACGUCAAAAGACGCUCAAGACCAAUCAAAUGUCACCAACCAAGUUAUUUCCCUAUUCGCCGAACUCGUUGGUGGAAAACAUCGUAUGAAGUGGGUGAAGCCCGUCUCCCAAAUUGGGUCGAUCCCGAUCUAUGUUGUAAUGCGGUAAUGAUGGACGCGCCUUCAGUCAUGGCUGCUAUGACAAAUUUAAGUAGAUCCUCGGCUUGUUCCUUACAGCUACCAAAGCUUCCAGAUACACCGACGAUAUCACAAAAUUCUUCAGUAUCCCAAUUGCCUUAUGAGCCUUCCUCUACACCAACAUUUCAAACAGUUCCUUGGCAGGUUAAGCCUUUGAAAUAUACAGAUCCCCCUGUUCUAGCGAAUCCCCUUGUUAAUACAGUUGCUUAAUAGAGUGACUGGAUAUUUCCUUGUAUAAAUGCAUCUAUGACCUCCUUUUCAUUUAAAACAUGUAUCUUUUAAUUGUUAUAAAUAACCUCCUUUUUUUUCCCUGUCAUAUAUAUUUAUUCAUAUUGAACCAAAAUAAAACAAGUCUAACCUGUUACACCAGGUGUAUACAUGUUGACAUACACUGUCUCCAUAGUUUUCCUAUUUUGAAGCAUCCG